AUGGCCUCAGCCGCAGGCGCAAAAAUCAUCGACGGUGUUGCCAUCGCAAAGUCGAUCCGCGAUGAGGUCGCCGCGCAGAUCCGCGCUCUGCAGGAUCAGCAUCCUCGCUUCCAGCCGCAGCUUGCCAUCAUACAGGCUGGCGCGCGUCCAGACUCGGCGGUGUAUGUACGCAUGAAGGCCAAGGCCGCCGAGGAGGUCGGCAUCAACUUCAAGCACAUCACCAUCCCUGGCGAAACCGAGGUCGAUGAGGUUGUUGAUAUCGUGAAGAAGCUGAAUGACGAACAGACCGUCAGCGGGAUCUUGGUCCAGCUCCCUCUCGGUGAUCAUGUGGGUGCUGACGGUGAGCGGACUGUCACGGAGGCCGUUAGCCCCGAGAAGGAUGUCGAUGGGUUCCACGCCUAUAACAUUGGACACCUCUCUUCUCGCGCGUCCGACCCAUUGUUCACCCCAUGCACUCCCACGGGUGUGAUUCGGCUGUUGGAAUCUACUGGCGUUUCUAUUGCUGGAUCCCAGGCGGUCGUCCUUGGGCGUAGCGAUAUAGUUGGAAGCCCCGUCGCAGCUAUGCUGAGGAACCGCGAUGCUACUGUCACUCAGUGUCACAGUCGUACGAAGAAUCUUCCAGAAAUCGUGAGGUCGGCCGACAUUCUCGUCUCUGCAAUUGGCAAGCCCGAGUUUGUCCAAGGCUCGUGGUUGAAGCCAGGCGCAGUCGUAAUCGACGUUGGCACGAACUACAUCCCCGAUGCCACGAAGAAAUCAGGUCAGCGCCUCGUCGGGGACGUCCACUUUGCUUCCGCAUCUGCUGUCGCGUCCUACAUCACUCCCGUACCUGGAGGCGUAGGUCCGAUGACGGUCGCAAUGCUGAUGGCGAAUACCCUUCGUUCGGCCGAGCGCCUUUGGCAGAAGGAGCGCGACCUGAAGCUGAAGCCCCUGAAAUUGGAUAUCCUAGCCAAGGUUCCGAGCGAUAUUGAGAUCGCCAUGGCCCAGACGCCGAAGCCAGUCGCCCAGCUUGCGUACGAAAUCGGUCUGCAACCUGAUGAGGUCGAGAGCUACGGCAAGUACAAGGCGAAGGUGGAAUUGGGUGUCUUGGACCGCUUGGCCCAUCGCAAAGACGGCAAGUACAUCUGCGUUUCUGGUAUAACGCCAACGCCGCUCGGCGAGGGUAAGUCCACCACGACCAUUGGUCUGGCGCAGGCCCUUGGAGCGCACCUCGGUCGUCCGGCGUUUGCUUGCGUUCGUCAACCUAGUCAGGGUCCUACGUUCGGUAUCAAGGGCGGCGCGGCUGGUGGAGGAUACAGCCAGGUCAUCCCAUGGACGAGUCGUCAGUUCAACCUGCAUUUGACCGGCGACAUCCAUGCUGUUACCGCAGCAAACAACUUGCUCGCUGCCGCAUUGGAUGCCCGUAUGUUCCAUGAGGCCACCCAGUCUGACAAGGCUCUGUACUCACGUCUCGUCCCUGCCAAAAAGGGCAAGCGUGAAUUCGCACCUCUUAUGUUCAAGCGUCUGAAGAAGCUCGGCAUCGACAAGACGAACCCUGAUGACCUCACGCCAGAGGAGAUUAACCGCUUUGCGCGCCUCGACGUGGACACCGACACCAUCACUUGGAACCGUGUCCUCGACGUCAACGACCGUUUCCUCCGGAAGAUUACUGUCGGUCAAGCACCGAGCGAGCAGGGUCAUGAGCGUGUUACAGGCUUCGACAUCUCCGUCGCCAGUGAGUGUAUGGCGGUACUGGCAUUGACGACGAGUCUCGAGGACAUGCGUGAGCGGCUCGGUGCGAUGGUCGUCGCUACGAGCAAGCGCGGGGACCCUAUCACUGCUGACGACAUUGGUGUCGGCGGUGCUCUGGCUGUCCUCAUGAAGGACGCGAUCAAGCCAAAUUUGAUGCAGACCUUGGAGGGUACUCCCGUCUUCGUACACGCCGGACCGUUCGCCAACAUCGCGCACGGUAACUCUUCCAUCUUGGCGGACAGAGUCGCUUUGAAGCUGGCUGGCACUGAAGAGGGCGAUUCGUCGGACCGUGUCGGAUAUGUUCUGACAGAAGGUGGCUUCGGAGCUGACAUGGGACUGGAGAAGUUCUGCAACAUCAAGUGCCGAACCAGUGGCUUGAAGCCUGAUGCAGUCAUCAUCGUUGCGACGACCCGUGCGUUGAAGAUGCAUGGCGGAGGACCAGACGUGACCCCUGGAAAGGCGCUUCACGAGACGUACACCAAGGAAAAUCUGGGAACUCUGGAGGAGGGCUGCAAGAACCUCGUCAAGCACAUCCAGAACUCGCGGAAGUUCGGCUUGAAGGUUAUUGUCGCUAUCAACCAGUUCUCCUCCGACACGCCUGCCGAACUUGACCUCGUCCGUCAACAGUCGCUCGCCGGAGGUGCCGAUGCCGCGGUUGUCAGCAACCACUGGGCAGAAGGUGGUGCCGGCGCGCGUGCGUUGGCUGAGGCCGUCAUCGCGACCUGCGAAGGGCCGUCUGACUUCAAGUUCCUGUACGACCUCAAUCUUCCGAUCGCGGACAAGAUUUUAGCAAUCUGCAAGGAAGUCUACGGCGCAGAUGGUAUCGACCUGAGCGAGGCUGCGCAGAAGCAAAUCGAGACUUACACUCGUCAAGGCUUCGGCGACCUCACCAUUUGCAUGGCCAAGACACAGUACUCGUUCUCUCACGACCCGAAGAAGAAAAACGUUGCGUCCGGCUUCACUGUUCCCAUUCGUGAGGUUCGCUUGUCGGCCGGUGCAGGGUUCUUGUAUCCCCUGUGUGGUGACAUGCAGACAAUGCCAGGUCUUGGAACACGUCCAGGCUUCUGGGAAGUUGGCCUGGACCCUGAGACUGGCAGGGUUGUCGGCCUGUUCUAG